GGCCCAGAUGAGCACCCCGACCCUGCAAUGCUGGUGAAUGGCGAGAAACAAGACAUCGCCCAAUCUCGGCCACGACUCGUCCCAUGAGAAUAAAAAUAAGCCCUCGCGCCCCUCAAACGGGUGCCUCACUCCUGGUAUCACAGCUUGAGCAUCCCACCAGACACCACAGACACCACAGACGACGCACAGCACCGACACCUCUAACAUGUCCUACCCACCCAUCAAGAACGUCGCCCUGACGGCCGCCAGCAGUUCGCUUGGAUCCGUCCUCGUCAAUAAACUCAUCUCAUCCGGCCUCUUCAACGUUCGUGUCCUGUCCACCACGGGCUCCACGGCCGCCUUGCCCGCUGGCACCGACGUUAUUAAGGUCGACUACACAUCCAUUUCGGACCUGACGGCCGCCCUGCGCGGUAUCGACGCCGUUAUCUCGACCACCGGUAGCGACGGCUUCGCGGGGCAGACGGUGCUCAUUGACGCGGCCAUUGCCGCCGGCGUGCGCCGUUUCCUGCCUUCCGAGUUCGGCUCGGACCUGUCCGUCCCCGCCACCCAGGCGCUGCCCGUCCUCUACCCCAAGGUGCAGGUCGCCAAGUACCUCGAGGCAAAAAUCCGCGAGCUCGGCGAGGGUAGUACCUUUUCCUAUACGUACGUCUACAAUAGCGUGUUCCUCAACUGGGGCCUCGAGGUGGGCUUCCUGGCCGACCUGCGCUCCGCGACUCCGCCGGCCGUCUGGGGCUCGGGUGACAUCCCCUUUGCUGCGACUACGCUGGAGAGCGUCAGCGACGCCGUCGUCGGGGUCCUCACGCACCCGGCCGAGACGGCGAACCGCGCCGUGCACGUCGCCAGCACCACGGACCUGACGCAGAACAAGAUCAUCAAGCUCGUGGCCGAGCUCGACCUGCCCGGCAAGGAGGCCUGGAAGUCGGGCAAGCCGGCGGCGAACCUCGAGAUCGAGGACGUCGUGGCCAAGGCGGAGCAGGAGCUCGCAGCAGGCGCAGCGCCGGGGCCGGGCAACAUGGUUCCGUUCCUGAUUAGGAGCAUCUGGGACCCGGCAUACAGCUCCGGGCGGUGGGGUGCUGACAACAAGCUGCUGGGCGUCACGCAGAUCACGGAGGAAGGGAUCAAGGAGAUCAUCCGGAAGAUCUUAGCCCAGUAGAAAGGGGGGAGUUCGGGACGUGGUUUUGGCCCACUGGGAGGAUGGUACCUUGGUGUCAGAAAGCCACCAGAUGGUGCUGGGGAGGUUCAGCUACCUAGUUUUCACCGAGAAUGCCCUCAUGCUAGUAGAAAUAUUCAUUCGAUUACAAACUCG